AUGCAUUCAAGGCUUUUAUCGUCAUCAGUCGGGUGCUGGAGGAGAGGCGCCAGGCCCUGGACACUGCCUAUAAAGCCAGCGGUCAAUUGGAGCGGGUGGAGAUUAUACUCGUCAGCGGCGGCGGUCAAGCCAAAGCCGGAGAAGCCCUACUAUGUCACAACGCCGAUCUUCUACGUCAAUGCCGCUCCCCAUGUCGGCCAUCUUUACUCAAUGGUCAUCGCGGACGUCCUCAAGCGCUGGCAGCAGCUCCAAGGCUGCACCGCCGUCCUCUGCACCGGCACAGACGAGCAUGGGAUGAAGAUCCAGCAAGCCGCUCUCGCCGCCAACACGCCUCCCAAGCAGUUCUGCGACAGCGGUGCGGAGGUGUUCAAGAGUCUAGCACAAGAAGCCGACAUCUCCUACGACCACUUCAUCCGCACGACAGACCAGAAGCACUACGAUGCAGUCCAGCAUAUAUGGCACCUUCUCGCCGACCGCGGCCUCAUCUACACGGGAAAGCACGCUGGCUGGUACUCUGUCUCGGACGAGACCUUCUACCCCGAAUCUAGCGUCAAGCAGAUCCUCUCUCCUACGACGGGCCGGAAAACCAUGAUCUCCACCGAGACCGGCCAGGAGGUUGAGUGGGCUGAGGAAACCAACUAUCACUUCAAGCUCUCUGCCAUGCGCGAGAACCUCCUCGAAUUCUAUGCCAAAAACCCAGACUUCAUUGUCCCCGCCGCGCGCUACAAGACUGUUGUUGACGAAGUCACGUCGGGACUGUCAGACCUGAGCAUAUCUCGUCCACGCACCAGAUUAUCGUGGGGUAUCCCGGUCCCUAGCAACGAAGAACAGACAAUAUAUGUCUGGCUUGACGCUCUGGUUAACUACAUCACCGUCACCGGAUACCCAUGGACGCCCGGGAAAGAGUCCGUUGGCGGGUGGCCUGCAGACGUGCAUGUGGUUGGCAAGGACAUUGUCCGCUUCCACUGCAUAUACUGGCCUGCCUUCCUUCUGGCGCUUGAUUUACCACCCCCGAAGCAGAUCCUGACACAUGCGCACUGGACCAUGAAUCAGAAGAAGAUGAGCAAGAGCGUAGGUAAUGUUGUAGACCCGUUCUAUGCGAUGAAGCGGUAUGGGGUCGACACAAUGCGCUUCUACAUGGCGCAUGAUGGAGGCAUUGCGGAUGAUGGGAACUACAGCAAUAGAGAGAUCAUCAGCCGAUACCAAAGCAUGCUGCAGGGUGGCCUGGGCAACCUAACAAACAGAAUCUGCAGCAAGACUUUUGAUCUGGAAGCAGCCAUCGCCUUCGGCGUAGAUAGCUCAGACUUAGAGAUGACGGAGGCCGACAAACAACUCCAAGAGGCUGUGGAAACCGUCGGUGAGAAAGUGUUCGAGAAAAUGGCAAAGUUUGAUGUUCCCGGGGCGUUGAAGGAGAUUAUGGCCCUAAGUUCCAUGACAAAUAGAUAUGUCCAACACUCCGUCCCCUGGGAGCUCAAAGAUUCUUCUGUUGCCGCUCAGCGCCACAAGAUAAUCUACCUCUCCUCUGAGGCCGUCCGCGUUUGCGGGAUCCUCCUGCAGCCAUUCAUGCCCACAAAGAUGUCAGCACUGUUAGACCAACUCAGCGUGGCUACGGAUAAGAGAGGGUUCGAGUAUGCGUUCUUUGGAAAGGACAGGACGUAUGGUGUUGGGUCAUCGGGGAGGAAGGCAAUGCUUUUCCCGCCACUGAAUGAGGAAGCUUUGGGUUAG